AUGGCUGCACAGAUUGCUGACCGUAGUAACGCCGGUAUGAAGUUUCAUAGUAGCAGUAAAGACGAUACACCCGUGGUGUCAAAACUGGAAGCUACACGUCUAGCCCUGGCGCAGGAACAGAAGAAACGUAUUGACGCUGCCGUAGCACGUGUUACGAACCAGAAGGAGAGUGGGAAACGAAAGGGACUGGGUGAACGUACAGAUGGUAUUCAUCGUAGCAAGAAGAGCAAGACAGUUGUGGAUGUAAUGAACGAUCAAAUUGAUAAGAAGAACUCGAUUGCUCGGAGAAUGGUCGAUAGAUUUGCAACAAUGCCCGAGCCUGAGAAAGAGGAAGUGAUUGAACAGGAACGACCGACCAUGCGCUCCGUGUCGACGCAACAAUUUGUCACUGUUUCGACGAGUGGGGACCCUGCAAGUUUAUUGGACACGGCUCUACGAGAGACGACGGAGAAGGCGAUGAGCACUACGACCACGACGACGACAAUGACUACAACGAAAAUAUUAGGGGAAAGUCCUGUACAAGUGGAGGACGACGAGAACGAGGAGGACGAGGAUACCUUAGCUGAGGACGAGGAGGACACACGAUCUGAUGAAGAGGACGAAGAGCAGAAGAGCGACUGGGACGGACCCACCACCAACUUUCACGUGAAACAGCUGGGUUUAGACCACAAUGUCGAUAUUUACGCGCCAAUUGCACAGCAGGAGCAUGAUGUGCAACGCGUACGCGAACGUAUCAAAUAUAUGCCAAAUGGCGACAACAAUAAGUCGUUCAAUGCGUCGAGCGAUUCAGCGACAGAUUUGGAUUUUUUGCCAAAGGAUGUUUAUAGUCAAGAAAGUGCAAAGUCCGAUACUGAGCUGCUGUCAGAAGUUAAUGACCAUAACACUCAAGUUCUUUUGCAAGAGGCGGAUGAGUGUGAGCAGCACGCAGCAGCUAUUCAGAUAGCUAAAGGCUCUCAAACUUGGACCAAGCGCGUGUUCAUCUUUGCACCGCUGUUCAUCGUGGCAAUUGUUGUGCUUGUACUUGCACUGCUCUUUGCGAUCGACUGGUCGCAGGAAACAUUUCAGUUUUGCAAGAUGGACGCUGAGAAUACAGAAGACUCGGACGAAGUGUUUUCGUGUGCGUCGUUUGUGGAAACUCAAUCGCUGAUCAAAUCGACCCUACGGGAGACUGCUGAGAAUGUGCAGACGAAAGUGCAGUCAUAUUUUGACUAA